CGGCGAGCCGGAGAGCGCCGUUCGUGCAAUAAGCUUCGCGUCGACAGUACGGAAUCGACGCUCGUGUUUGGCGGCAUCGCGACGCCGACGACGCGUUCGUAGUUCGCGGGCUUUUACUUCGCCCGCCGGUCGAGGGCCGAUCGAGAGGGGAAUUUUUCGGAAGAUUUUCCAUUUUCCGCGCGGUGAAUUUUUAGUGAGUUUUGUGGAUUAUAUAUUUCUUUUUGUAAAGUUUAGUGGAUAAAUCGCUUUCAUUGUUAGAAAAACUUUUAUAGACGAGGUAGUGGAUUUUAGUUGUUUUGAAUGGAUAAUUAAGAACCUCCCCGGCAUGACGGGAGGUUGAACGGACGAUGGCGCCUUGGCAGAAGCUUCAAUGAUGGCGCGUCAUGGCGCCGCUUUCAUACUGUUGGCUGGUCUGCUCAGCCUGAAGACGGUCGCCGACCAAACGAGAUGUCCCAGCUUGGCGGCGAAUCCUUCCUGUCAGUGCUUCAAUUUCGAGAAUGGCAUCCUGCUUGAAUGUCCUGCCGCCACGGCCGAAUCGGUCAAGUCCGUUCUGGAGAUUAUCGAGGGAUCCGUCCAAAGCCUCAAUAUUUACGACCCCGACAAGGCAAUGGUUAAACUGCCAAAGCAUUUUUUCCCGGACACGACGAUCAUAAAGCACCUACAGAUAUCGCAGAGCAAUAUACAGGAAUUGCACGACGACUGUCUCCUGCCGCUCAAGCCCUACUUGGAGUCCUUCAGUUUGGUUUCGGGCCGGCUGAAGGAAAUACCUCAGAAAGCGUUCAAAGGCUUGAAUAAGUUGAUAGCGCUCGAUCUGGAAUCGAACGUUAUCGUCGAUUUGCCCAGCUACAGUUUUUACGGUUUGCAUUUGAUCAAACUCAAUUUGAAAGGCAAUCAUUUACAGAAGGUAUCCGAGUAUGCAUUCGCCGGUCUGGAGGACUCCCUAUCGGAAUUAGAUAUGGCUGAAAACAAACUUAAGACUUUUCCAAUUAAAUCGCUGAGACGCCUCGAAAGGAUGCGACACUUACGCCUCGCCUGGAAUGAAAUAAACGCCAUUCAGGAUGACACCUAUUCGAGGCUCGGCUCUCUUCUCUACCUCGAUCUCAGCUUCAACAAUUUCGAAAAAUUGGAGGAGCACUCGUUCCGGAUUUUUCCGGGAUUGCGUACGCUGUCGCUGUAUUACAACGCGAUCGAGACCGUUCAUCAAGACGCCUUCGCGACGCUAGUCGAGUUGCAAUCGUUAGAUUUGAGUCACAACAAAAUAGUGUACUUGGAUCAAGUGUCGUUUAGGAAUAAUAAGAAAUUACGUUCCGUAGAUUUGAGUCACAAUCACGUCCAUUAUAUUAGUGGAGUGUUUGCUUCGUUACCGGAGUUGAAGGAAGUUUUCCUAUCGGAAAAUAACAUACUCGAGAUUCCCGCGGACGCAUUUACGGAUUCGAUGAAUUUAUCAGUCGUGUAUUUACAGCAGAACGCCAUCAGAAGAAUAGAUCCCAACGCGCUAGAUAGCUUAAUUAAUUUGUCCCAGCUCCAUUUGAGCUCAAAUUUCAUACCUCACGUACCGAACAACCUGUUUCAAAGAAGCGCGAAUUUGACGUCGCUAAGUUUGGAUAGCAACUGGUUGACGCACGUCGAGCCGGGUACGUUUUCGAACACCAUAAACUUGCGAGAAAUUAGACUUCACAAUAACCGUAUACAAUCGAUAAAAAGAGGAGUAUUCGAUCCCCUGCCGUCGCUAUUGGAGCUACACUUACAGAAUAACGAAAUAUCUACCAUCGAUUCCGGUGCGUUCCGUACGUUGGAAUGUUUACAACACGUGAAUCUUCAGGGAAACGCCAUCACUGAUUUAGGUGAUGUUUUUAUGCACGAAUCUCCGUCGUUGGUUUCGAUUCAGCUCGGCUCGAACGGAAUAACGUCUCUCCACAACGACACUCUCAGAGGCCAAUCGAGCGUUCAGAUAAUGUGGUUGGGUCACAACAGACUUAAAAGAAUCACCAGAUCGUUAUUUAAAGACCUGUUGAUGAUACAACGCGUUUAUCUCAACAAUAACAGUAUAUCGCAAAUAGAGGAGAGAUCUUUCGAGCCGAUGCAAGCUCUGAAAUUUUUAGAGUUGAGUCUUAAUCAUCUCACGCAAAUCACGCAAUCGACGUUUUCCGAAUUGUUUGAAUUAGAAGAAUUGUAUUUAUCCAGGAAUUUGUUGAGAAGCAUCGAGCCGCAGUCGUUGACGAAUUUAAAGAAACUGAGAGUGCUCGAUCUGUCCAGUAACCCUUUGAUAGUUUUGCACGAUAACAUUUUGCAAGAAGGAUUGCCCAUCAGGAAUUUGAAUCUGUACAAUUGUUCCAUUCAGCGGAUAGACGGCGGAGCAUUCCGAGGACUAAACAACUUAAAUGAACUUAAUUUAGCUGUAAAUGAAUUAACGUCUAAGGAUUUAACUGCGUUAGAUAUACCUGGUUUGAGAGUGUUGAAGUUAUCUAGUAAUAAUCUUAGUACAUUGCACGGGUUUUCUCUGAACGGUUUACCGUCUUUACAAACCUUAUACCUCGAUAAUUGCAAAAUAUCCAGAGUGCCAGACGAACUAUUUUUCAAAAAUAAAAAUUUGCUGCACAUUGAUUUGAACGAGAACUUAAUACCUGAUAUUGGAUAUAGAGUGUUCUCCAACUUGAAUGUUCUGAAGGAGCUUAAAUUGGAUAGCAAUUUGUUUGUAGACUUGCCGUACACCGCUCUCUUGAACAUAUCCACAAUGGAAGUCCUGUCGCUGGCUUUCAAUAAAUUAUCUAUAGUAGAGGUGUCGAGAUUGAACGGCCUGCCUAAUUUACGCGAAUUGAAUUUAAAAAGUAACGACAUUACGUCCCUGUCCGGGUUCGCAUCGGCGAAUCUGACCCAGCUCCUUUCGCUGGAUUUAAGCAACAAUUCCCUCGUGGGACUACCGGCGAAUUUUUUUCACCAUUCGCCUCUGUUAAGACGAAUAAAUUUGUCCUGCAAUAGAUUCAAGCAGAUACCUAAUUCCGCUUUAUCGGAAGCAACAUUACCGGGAUUAAAUUGGCUGAAUCUGACCGACAAUCCAUUAGUGAGAAUUCACGAUAUAACCUCGACCAGCCGGUAUCCCUCUUUGGAAGAGAUCCAUAUUAGCUUCACGAAUUUAACUAUCGUCACGAGCAAAGAUUUCGAGUCGUUUCCGUCUUUGCUGCAUAUAUUUCUCGGCCAGAAUAGAAUAUCCAGAAUAUCUCCGGGUGCGUUCGCCAACCUACCGAAUUUGUUAACGUUGGAUUUGGGAGUCAACGAACUGGAAUUACUGCCGCAAGAGCGGCUGCAAGGAUUACAUUUGUUGAGGAUUUUAAAUAUAACGCAUAAUCGAUUGAAAGAAUUAGAAGAAUUUCCGGUCGAUUUGAAGUCGCUGCAGAUAUUAGAUAUAUCGUUCAACCAAAUAGCACGGAUAGCUAAGAGUACGUUUCAAAACUUGGAGAAUCUCUCGGAAUUGUACCUGUUCGGUAAUUGGAUUUCAUUGGUGUCUAGUGACGCUUUCAAACCCUUGAAAAAAUUAAGAACAUUAGAUUUGAGUAGAAACUACUUGGAGAAUAUUCCUCUGAACGCUUUCAGGCCUCUAGAGACGCAAAUUAGAAGUCUUAGAACCGAAGAAAAUCCCCUAUCCUGCAAUUGCGAUUCCCAGGAAUUGUGGGAGUGGCUGCGCGACCAUCAGAAACUAGUCGAACGUACGGAUACUCUGGAACUUCGUUGCGAACAUCCGCCGGAACUUCGCGGGAGGGUUUUUCUCGAGUUGGAUCCGGAACAGUUUUGCGAUCAGCCGAUGGUUGUGAAAUUGGGCAUUCAAGAUAUCCAACCGUUUUCCGUGCUGGUGUCGUGGCAAAGCAGGAACCACUCCGGAUUGAACGGUUACCAAGUAGCCUACUAUUCUAUGGAUCGAAUUGAAGAAAUGGAGAUCAGAGGAAGAAAACUCGACCGCUCGUCCAGGUCAAUGAAACUCUCCAAAUUGUAUCCGGACACCAAGUACUUGAUUUGCGUAUUGGCGCUAGGCCACUGGGCAUUCAACUUCAAAGAGAUUCCAUCGCAACAAUACCACAACUCCGAGAACGGUUCCGACGAUUUGGAGACGUUCGCGGAGUCCAUCAGGCCGUUGUUAGUGGAUUCUCCGACGAGCAAAUGCGCGGAGGUUAACACGUUAGUGGCGCCGGACAGUCCUCACGUGGGCAUGGGCAUCCUCACCGACCACUCCAUAGGCACCCAAUCGAUCCUCACCAGGAGGUUGGGAUUGAUAAUCGGCUGUUGCAUGGGUUUCGUCGUUUUCAUCGGCUUGGUGUCCGUUUUGGGGUAUCUGAAGGUGAAGAAGCAAAGAAGGGCGGUUAAGAGGGACCAACCUUUACCACCGGAGUACCUUUCGUACAGACAUUUUUCGAUACAGAGCGGAGAGGCGGGCGGUCAUCCGCAUUUCAUCACCAAUAUGAAUACUACUGUACUGAAUUAAGUGUGAAUUGAGUAUAUUCAUUCUGCCGCUAUUUUUUGACAAAUGGAAGUUUGUGGAAUAUUGUCAGAAAUUUAAUUAAAUAAAUUGCCAGGAGUUAAAACGGUGUCCAAAUUAAUAUCGAUUUAUUGAAUCAAAAAUGUGUGUAUAAUUUUUGAUAUAAUUAUUUAAUAUCCUGAUGGUAAUGCAUUUGCGGUGGAUAUUGACUCAAAUAUGCUAAAACAGUUAUUAAUUAUUAUAUUCUGCAAAAUGUAACUGACGUUGAUAUUAUAAUUAAUAUCUAAACUUAUUAAUUUCGAAUUUAAUGCAAUUUUCAUUUGUCAGAACUGAAAUUUAAUUGACGUUUCAUAAUUAAUACAUUUAUCAUUUUUUCGGGUGUAUCUACAACUCACUUUUCCGCCAAUAAACCAAAAAUUAAUGAGUUUUUCCCCCGAAAGAAAGAAAGCAAAAUACAGAUGCUAUAGGACAGAAUUUGAUUACGCCCUUCACAGUACAAUUUCCUCUUUUAUUUCUGUUAAGAACUUUUGUUUUUGUACGAUAACAAAAAAGCAGUCAUAGAUAAUCAUAUCAGUGUUAAUAAAGAGACGAAACUGCUGUGUUCAAGAAGAAAAAAAAGAAACUUUUUAUCACUGUAGGCCUCGUCAAUUAGGACAGCAUCACGACUGUAGAAGUUCUUUACGUAAUAGAAAUAAAAAGAGACAAUGACAGAGGAAAAUGUUCCGCCAAUUGAGACUCUAAUACGAUGAAGCUCCUUUUACACGAAAUGUGUUUCUACUAUAUACUUUCAAAAAUCACCGGAAGAUGAUCUUUUCUUUAGAGAACAAAAACGUGUCGAAAACAAAAUUAAUAACCCGGAAUUUUACAUGCAGAAGACCGUCGAACCCACUUCGCCAAUUGCAUUAACUUCUAUCGAUUUAUCGGUUCAUUUUUACCGCGUUAGGCAGUGCAUCUCGAUAAAAUUGGAUGCGAUGCAACUUCGUUGAGCGAAGAACGCGCCCAGUAAAUUUCAAUUCUGCAAAACAAACAUGUUUUUUUGUUUAUCGUUAGCGCAUUUGAAAUUAGAAUUUUCGUUCGGCGCUCGUUCAAGUGUUGCAUAAAUUUUUAACGAGUUAUAAUGGGAAUUCUAGUCAAUAUCGAUGGGAUGUUUCUUCGGCAUUUCGAAAUUAAAACGACCGUUUCAUUCGAACGGUUUCGUUUACCCAACUAUCGCUGAUGGUUUGCUCAUUCGCGUUCAAUUGAUUGCAGGAGUUUUUAUUGCCGUUUGUGUUUCGUUAUAGCGAAAAAAAAACCUUUAAAUUAAUAGGUACAUACUUGGGUUGAUUCUAAUGUUUGUUCACAGGUAAAAUGUUUAUUUUAACGGGUUACUAAUUUUGUUUUUAACAUUUUUUCCAACAAUUUGAGUUUUUAAAACCGUCUAGUCAAACGCGAAAAAAAUUGUUGGACAUUUUUAUAGAUUAAUGUUAAGCAUAUUGAGUUUUUAAAUGUAUAUAUUGUAUGAAUAAGUUGAAACUUAA